GACAACUGACAAACUAAAGUUCAGUUCAUCACACACAUUUUCACAGUGCAUAAAAAGCAGCUCAUGGUUUUAGAUGAUAAUUUUACUGUGAAAAUAAUAUCUUGCGUUAAAAAAUACAUUAAUUAAUAACAGAUAUUACUAUAAAAUAGUUACCAUUCACGCGUCAAAGGAAAUUGCAUCAGACGGCGAUAUGCCAGUAAGGGACGGCACGAAGAAACCGCUGAUCGGUGUUAUAGAUGAUGGAACGAAAACUGUCCGAUUUGUGAUAUACGAAGCAGAGAACUCCGCCGAGCUAGCGACCCACCACCUGGAUAAACAGGAGGUGUUCCCGCAAGAGGGGUGGUGCGAACAAGACCCGUUGGAAAUCAUACACAAUAUCAGGGUGUGCGCGGAGACGGCUAUUGCCAAGUUACCCGAGUUAGGUUAUUCCAGAGAAGACAUUGUAGCUUUAGGCAUCACAAACCAGAGGGAGACAACGAUAGCAUGGGACAGACUCACAGGGGAACCGCUGCACCCAGCGAUAGCAUGGAACGACAUCAGAACAGACAGCACGGUCGACGCAAUCUUGGCGAAGAUCCCGGACAGGAACAAGAAUUAUCUGAAGAACAUCAGCGGUCUGCCGAUCAGCCCAUACUUCAGCGCACUGAAGAUGCGAUGGUUGAAGGAUAACGUCAAAGCUGUGAAGAAGGCGUCCAGAGAAAAGCGUUUGCUGUUUGGCACGGUCGACACCUGGAUCGUUUGGACCCUAACCGGCGGGCCACUGGGCGGUCUACACAUAACAGACGUGACGAAUGCUUCUAGAACACUCCUUAUGAAUUUGGAGACCCUCAAUUGGGACCCUAUGUUGUUAAGGUUAUUCGGGAUUCAUCGCGACUGUUUGCCGACCAUCAAGAGCAGUUCAGAAGUGUAUGGCACCGUCAAAGAUGGGUCGGUUUUGAAUGGAAUAACCAUAUCUGGGAUCUUAGGGAACCAGCAAGCAGCGUUGGUUGGCCAAAACUGCACGACAGCGGGACAAGCCAAGAACACAUACAGAAGCGGGUGUUUUCUUCUCUAUAACACGGGAACUCGACGGGUUCACUCCACGCACGGUCUGAUCACAACACUCGCUUACAAAUUGGGUCCAGAAGCUGAGCCGGUGUAUGCAUUGGAAGGCUCGAUAGCGGUGGCCGGCGGCGCCAUGAAGUUCCUGCGCGACAACCUGCGGCUGCUGCAGCACGUGGCGCACGACACGGAGCACAUCGCCGCGCAGGUCUUCUCCACCGGGGACGUGUACUUUGUGCCCGCUUUCAGUGGACUCUACGCGCCCUAUUGGAGGAAGGACGCUAGGGGUAUUAUCUGUGGCCUGACGGCAUUCACGACGAAGAAUCACAUCAUAAGAGCUGCUUUGGAAGCCGUAUGUUUUCAAACUAGGGACAUACUGGAAGCGAUGAACAAGGACUGCGGUAUGCCGCUGCACAAGCUGCACGUGGACGGCCGCAUGACCGCCAACACGCUGCUCAUGCAGCUGCAGGCCGACCUCAUCGGCAUACCUGUCUUGAAAGCGGACAGCACGUGGGAUAUGUCGGCAUUAGGUGUAGCUGUGGUCGCGGGCAUGGCAGCUAAAGUAUGGAACAUGGACUCCUGGAGAUCUGUUCAGGGUAGAACACACACCUAUCUCCCCACCACCACACACGAUGACCGCGACGCGCGAUACACGAAAUGGAAAAUGGCGGUGCAGCGUUCUCUCGGAUGGGCGACGACGAAAAAAUCUAUCACAAUGACAGGUCAGAGCCGUUUAGACGAUAGACACCACAUAGACAGCAGACGAAUCUCCAUAUUCGAGGCCAUAGACCACGUCGAGAAUAGAAGAAAUAGCAUCCUAGAAUGCAACUUCGAUAGUAAUAACGAUGGAACUAUCGCGUACGAAGAGCUGUUAAAAUAUGCCGCGCGAAAAUUUUCUCUAAUUAAUACCUCGAAAGUUCCUAUAGUAGAGCGAACGAUAUUAGACGACGCGGAGUUUUUUAUGAAUAAAAAAGAGUGCGACUAUGGCACGUGCGAGUGUUGUUCGGCGGAGAAGAAGCUGCAGACGAACUGGGAGUCUAUUGAGCAGAUCAUAGACAACGACCCAGAGAUAAUAUUCGAUAGCGAUAAUUUUGCUAUUGUCGUUGAGCCGAUCAAAGACAAAUCGAAAGGUCCGGAGCGUAAAGUCAAUGGUAAUUUAAAAAAGAGUUUGAGUUCGAGUAAUUUGACAUUUUGCAAAGCAAUAUCUGAAAAGCUGUUGGAUUCCCCUUAGUUUAGUUGUUCCCGCGGCUUCGCUUGAAUAGUAAUUAACUUGACAGUAGCGCCAUCUAUUGGUGAGGGGAUUACGUCAAUGGUACUAAUAGGUUUUACGACAAAUUACUAAUAAUUAUGCGAUAAAGUAGCCUAUGCGUCUAUGGCUUCCAGUUCUUGAGCUAUCUCCAUACCAGAACCAUUUUUCCGUUUCGAAGGAUAAACUAUAACUUUCAAAGUGUGGAUUUAGAUUAGAAAACGUCUUGGGAAAAUAAUUCAGAUGUUUCGAAAUAAUUAGCCGUUAUUUUGUAAUUAAGUAUUGGAUAUUGGUUUUCUACAGUAAAUAGUAGAAAUGGAUUAUUAUCGAACGAUUGUUUUCCAUAGCAAUAACAAAUAAAAUGGUCAAGUUUGGUUGAUAACACGAGGACACAGCACCUUUAUUUACAUUUCUACUCUUUAUAGACAGACUAUACAGAAAAAGAAUGACAUUGACAGAUAACAUCUUGACAGACGUCAUCCUUGUUACGUUUAACGCGUUAGAAUGAAUAUGAUACUUAAUAUAAUAGGCAUAGGGUUUUCUUCCGAAUAAAAAGACAUAUGUUUAAAUGGAUUUUGUAUAAUUAUGUGCUAUUGCGUUAUUCUUCCACUCGCAAUACUUAGAUUAAAAUUUACGCGGCUUAUAAAAAACUUAAGAGACGAAUAGUAGUCAUACCCGAAACGAAAACAAACAAAAAAUUGAGUAGUCUGCUGACUAGGAAAAUAGUAUUAUUAAUAUAAAUUAUUUAAGGUCUAUGGUUAGAAAGACUGUUAGGUUUGGAUAUUGUUAAUUUUUUGGCUCAAUUCUAGAUAGGAACCGUAGUGUUUAUUAGUAGGUGUUAUACAUUUUAUUCGAUUGGAAUUAUAUACGUUCGAGUGUUUUAUUACUCUUUCAUUCAUAAAAUAAAAAAGUUUUAACCUUGUUUUAGUUAAAAUAUGUUUUGUCUCGCUCUUUCAAUGUCGAAUAUUGUAUAGUGGGACGUGGACAAAACAUACUUCUACUAAGAUUGGUUUUUUAUGAAUAAGAGGGUAUAGGUACUAUGUAAUGUCCAGUAUGUACUUAAGAGUUGAUUCAUAUUUAAAAAACUGUAUUCGAUAUAUUUUACUAACAAUUAAGAGAUAUUUUAUAUUAACGCCUCAACUAUUAAAAUAUUAUUUUGUUUUUUUUUUUACUGGGUAUUAUUUUUCUUUUUUGUAGAACAUAGUUUGGAUCAUAUAUGUUAUUAGUGAAAUUAAAAUCUAAACUAAGUUUUACAAAAUAAAAGUCUGUUUCAAACGCGGGCGGAACGUAAAAUGACCUAAAAUCCAUGUCGCUAUUAGAAUUAGACUCUAAGUUACCAAUGGGUCAAUGUGGUGCCUUUUCCCAUCAGCGUUAGAAACGAACUUACAGCAUGCGAUUAAUUCAAAUUAAUGUGGGAUCAAAUUGGCUUUUCAUUAAUUUAUUAUUUUUGAUGUAAUGUAUUUUAUUUAGUUUGAGCCUUCUUUCACAACAAAAUAUUAAAAUACACGGUGGUAUAUAACAAAUUGCGAUCGAAAAUUUAAAUGGUAAUACAAAUUUUGCUCUUUCAAUUGUUAUAAUAAUCCUAUAUAAUUAUUUUAUUCAGCUGUAGAUAAUGUAAGGCGAAAAAAAUAUUAUCGUGUUUAUUUUCGCGCAAUUUAUUUAAUAUGAGGGUGAUACUGGGCUGGUGCCGAGUAAGGUCCAUAUUGUUUGUGUUUGCGCGGGCUUUGCGGAAUUUUUCAAGUCUGCCAUAGUCGGACCUCACUCGCCAAUGGCGCCAUCUAGUGAGCAAAAUAAACAACAUUAAAUAUCAUUUGCAUGAGCCAAAAGCGCCGUAUGGCUGGCGUAACAUCCUGAAUCUCUAAGAAUGCUUAUCUAAAUAUUGACAUUUCGUUAUAAUCUUUGAAUGUACUAAAUAUUUUAGUGAAGGCCAUGUUGUUAUUGAAAUAAGUACGAAAUAAUAUAUGAAAUAAUAAUAUAUCUUGUUUCUUGUUUUUCAAGCUCUAAGAAUAAUAAACUGAAAUGAAAUCAGUAA